AUGGAUCGUCUCACUGAUGUCGUCGAAACUUUCGGACACGACGAGAUAAUCAGCAUCAUCCUCAAUGAAGGCGGUCACACAUUCGCUGUAUCGAAAGCUCUACUCUGCGACUCAUCCGACUAUUUCAAGAAGGCACUGGAAGGCAGUUUCAAGGAAGGUAGCACGCACGAACUGAGAGUACCGGGUUGUGAAAAGCAAACAUUCCAGCUUUUCUUGUUCUAUCUCGCCAAGAAGACGCUUCCCCAUUCUCAACUCCACGGACGUUAUCCAAUGGAUUGGGACGAAGAGUACGAGCACGGAGUGGCCUUUGCGCGGCUGUGGGUCUUUGCCGAUUACUUGAUUAUCCCCGCACUCCAAAACGCGGCCAUGGACGGCGUCCUACACUUCCUCAGCGGUGUAGUCGAACCCAGCUUGAUUGAGUUUGCAUAUCUCCACUCUGCUGAAGAUUCUCUGCUGCGCCGAAUUGUUGUGGCAGAAGCCGUCGCCGAUUACAUUUCGGAUUUCGACAGUGGUCUCGGUGAUGAGUCUGCAGACUUCGAGCGAUUGGCAGGAUUUCAUGUAUACUUUGCAGAUUUUGCGUGCGAGAUGAUGUCUCAAUUGCGAGAUCAUCAACUUGCUCCCUCAAGCAGAACAAAAGAUCGCAUGUACAUGAUUACUGAGGAGGGAGAUGAGGAGGGAGAUGAGGAGGGAGAUGUGCUCUAA